UAUUUCAGUUGAAGGUAUAUUGAAAUGUGUGUGUGAAAUCUCACUAUGUUUCCCCUGGGUAAAUCUUUAUAACGUGUGUCGGCGGAGGGAUAUACACUUGAUCUACACGCUGCAGUUUGUGUAUCCAGCGAUGUCCCUUUACCCCGUGUAGAACUUCUGAUAAACAGAGCGAAGUAACGUUAGCAGCAGCACCCAGGGAUGGUGGAUACAGAAGUACCCUCAAUAUAGCAAACAAGGUAAGUUGCUUAGAAGAUGCCUCUUCACGGUAAAAUAGUUGUCAUCCGGCGAGGUGGCGGGGACGGCACUGAGUUCCCACUGACCGCCGCGUGUUUGUUUGGAAGGAAAAUUGACUGCGACAUCCGCAUUCAAUUGCCCCAGGUGUCCAAAGAACAUUGCCGGGUUGAGAUAAAUGAGAAUAAAGAGGUCGUCUUGACUAAUUUGAGUUCAGUGAACCCCACCUGCAUAAAUGGUGUACCAAUGCAGCAAUCUGAACGCCUGAAACACGGCGAUGUAUUUACCGUUAUCGAUCGCUCUUUUAGGUUCGAGGCCCCUCCACCACCCACUCCAAAGAAAAAAAGAGUUUCCACGUCAGGAAAGGGAGAAACUAUCCAGGUCCUACAAGAACAUCAAGAAAGGGAUUCAGUGGCUUCAGCUGAGAAAAGAAAGUCCAUCUCAGCCCCUGAUUCCUGUCUGAAAGAUGGAUCCACAACUGCCAACUCAAUGGACCAAACAGUGGAGGCAGCCAAGGAGAUGGUUACUAUGGAAGCGACCAAACCCAACAAAAAGGACCAGUCUCCCUUCGCUGAGCUGUAUCAGAUGAUCAAGCAAGACCUGGACCCCAAUUCUCCAUGGAAGACUCCUCUGUCCAAACGUAAGUCACAGAAGCCUGCCACGCCCAAGGGUCCAGACCAGGAAGCGUCUGCGCCUGUGGAGGUCAAAGUUACUCCGAAGAAGAUGACAGCUGCCUUGCCUGCCACACCAGCUGGAAAGGAGGCUUCCGUUGCAGCGACCCCCAAGUCGGCCCAGAAGAAGCGCAGGUCUUCAGCGGGUCAGCCUGAAGCGAAACCUGAACCAGUUCCAGAAGCCGUUGCCGUGUGUGUGUCGGAAGAAAAGGUGGCUGUGGAGGAAACGUCCCAGCAGUCUGUGGCAGCAGUGACCCCUGGCAUCCCGGGGAAGAAGAGACGCUCCUCCUCACAGUCCCUCAAGUCCCCCAGGAAGUCCGAAUCCGAGCCCAGCGCUUCCACCCCGGCCUCUCAGAAGACGGACCAGCCUCAGACGCCUCAGAACCAGCCUCAGACGCCGCAGAAGUUCAGUGCUGUGGAGGUGGUCCAGCAGAUCCUCUCUGAUCCUCAGAGCGCUGAAACACCCAACAAGUCUCCCAAGAGGAGGAGGAGCAGCAGCACCGCCAGUCCCAAACCGGCCCCGGCCCCGGAGGUGAGCGCUGACGCUCAGGCUGCCCCCGCGGAGGCCUCUCUGGAGGUGAAGCAGUCUCCCAGGACCUCCCCCAGGGCCAAUGCUGGGCAGAGGUUCAGAGUGCAGGAGGUCCUGGAUGAGAUCGAGGCGUCCGCACCUUCAGAUAGCGACGUUGCCAAGCCCUCGUCCAGUAAGAAACGCAAGAGUGGGGGUCCCGACGAAGAGAUGUCCACCCCAUACCCCAAGAGGAAACGAGUGUCCUUUGGGGGUACACUGAGCCCAGAGCUGUUUGACAAGCGUCUGCCCCCGGACUCCCCGCUGCGCCGCGGGGCCACGCCACGCUUCAGCCUGGGUGCGGCGCUCUGCCAGAACCCCAAGUCUCUGCUGAGGAGAGCCUCUGCCAUCGGCCUCGUCAAGAAUCUGAAGCUUGGAAAUUCCAUCCCAGAAAGCCCCAAAGCUAAAGGAAGUCCUGGAAAGAAAGCGAAGACUCCCUCACCGGCAAAGAAAUCUCCAAAAGCUAAAACUCCAUCUCCCAGAAAGCAGCCUGCGAAGAGCACCCCUGCCAAGCAGAAGGCUGCAGCCUCCUCUCCAUCACCAUCCAGAAGAGCCGCCUCGCCUAAAACUCCCCCCUCAGCUCAGGUGUCACUGAGCCAGACGCCCACGGUGACGGGGCGCUUCUCAAUCUCUCGCAUCAGUACCCCAUCGCCCGGGGAAAAGGAGGAGGAGGAGGAGGAGGCAGCAGCAGUGGCGGUAGAGAGUGCAACGCCGAAGAUUCCUCAGAGGAGGAAGAGCAUGAAGGCCUCAGCCAGGAGGAGCAUGGGAAAGGGAGCGCUGGAGGUCAUCCGCAGACGCAGUGGAACAUCCAGAGCCAACCUCAAAGUGAAAAGCUCCUGGGCUGACAUUGUGAAGUUUGGCCAGACCAAGCCCCAGCCUGAGGCGGCAGCCAAGAGGGCAAACACAAGAGUUAAAGUUGCCAAGCGGGCCGUGGCGCCAAAACCUCAGACCCCUGCCAAGAGGCUGAAGGACCACACUAGCACAGGGCACGUCAACUCCCCCGUCACCAUUGUGCUGGGCAGGGCCCAGAGGAGGGCGGCCCAGAUGGCCUGUGGCGCCCCCCCGAGGCUGAUCCCUAACAUUGCUGUCUUGAACAUGAAGAUGGACGAGGACCUCACAGGGGUUUCUGACAUCUUUAAAACCCCUGCGAGCACCAAGCAGAGGCGUGCGUCCACCAGAAAAGACCUUGUCCCUGAAACCCCCCUCGCUUCAAGCUCCAUGGCUGAACUCGUCCCUGAAACCCCCCUCGCUUCAAGCUCCGUGGCUGAACUCUCUGGGAUGAAAACUCCAGAGGAGAGUGGUGAAAUGAUGGUGUCCCCUCUGAGCGGGUCUGCUGCCAAGCCCAGCCGGUACAACAGCGAGGCAAUCACUCGGCUCCUGCGAGACGAGCAGGAGGAAGCUGACUUCCUGACCGAGGAGACCAGCUUUGUUGCCAAGGAGACCGUCUCCGUGGAACACACUUCCUCAGAGCAGCAGGAGGUCUCUGAUGCCUCUGUGACUCUGACGCCCAAACAGAAGCCAGAGCCUGCCGCCGCCGCCAGCUGCCUCACCGGAGUCAAGCGUGUCAUGAAGACGCCCAAACAGAAGGCCGAGCCUGUGGAGGACCUGAGAGGCAAGCUGCUCAAGACGCCCCGGCAGCCCAAGACCCCGCAGGAAGUGUCUCUGGUUGGGGUAAAAGAGGUGUUCAAGACCCCCAAACAGAAGGCUGCUCCUGUAGAGGACAUGGCUGGCAUCCAGAGGAUUAUGAAGACCCCCCGAGUGAAGAGCGACGGUCCGGUUGUGUGUUCAGUGGCCAUGAGGAGGCUGGUGGAGCCCCCGAAACAGAAGGCCGAGUUGGCUGAAGAGGACCUCUCGGGGGUCCGCCAUCUCCUGAAGACGCCCAAGCAGAAAGGAGUGCCGGUCGAGGAUCUCGUCGGGGUGAAGGAGCUCAUGAAGACCCCGAAGAUAAAAGAAGAGUCUGCACCUGUGGAGGACUCCGAACGCCUGGAGGAACCUUUACCAGAACCUGAGGAACCUGAGACACAGAUCACAGAACCCAAAGAGGCACAGCCUGUUGAGGUCCAGGAGGUGGUGAGUGCUCCUGAGUAUGUAGCUGAGGUGCUGCCUGAGUCUGCUGAAGAGUUGGAUAUUGCUGCUGAGGACGACAAGGAAAACGUUUGUCCGGCGGAAGACAUCCAAGCCGCUGACGCCAAGCCUGUGGAGCCAGCCAGCCCAGAAGACAAGAGAGAAACUCUGGCAAAGCGCCUCAGCUCCCCACUGAGAGAGCUCGUCCAGGAGAGGGUGACGGAAGACUCAGAGGAGCUGGCGGAGGAGUUGGUGGAGGCAGAGGUUGCUCCACUGCAGACUGCUGUGGCCCCUGAGGAAGAACAGCAGGCAUCAGCAAUAGCUGACCUUGCUCAGGAACAGGUGCCUGAAGCUGCAGAGGAACCAGACAAGGUCUGCCCGGAUGAGGCUGCUGCUGCACCACCAGGUGAUGCCAGUGAAGGCCUGCCAGAACCUGUCCCCGAGGAUAUGCCCACCCCUGCUAGAGGGAGAGGAAAGGGGAGGAAGCUUGUGGACGAGUCUGCAAACACUCCGCAGGCGAGCCCAGCCAGGGCGGGGAGAGGAGGACGAGUGCCCAAACUGCUCCAAGAGGAGGAAGUUAAGACCACACCAAGAAGAGGCCGAAAACCCAAGCAGGUUUUGGCUGAGGAGCAGAUGAGUGAGGUAGUGGUGGCUGCAGCAACUUCAGAAUCAGUUGGAGUUAAUCUGCCAGCAGCUGAAGAGGUCAAAUCUCAGGAGGCAGAGGUCACUGAAACCAUCUCUCCAGUGGAAGACAACCAAGCCAGCGAGGCCGAAUCAACAGAGCAGGUGGAGCUCCCCAGUUCUCCUGUGGAGGAGAUCCAAGCCAGCGAGGCCGUAUCAACGGAGCAGGUGGAGCGCCCCAGUUCUCCUGCGAAGGAGCUCGCCCAGGAAGGAACAGCAGAGGUGUCAGAGGAGCCUGUGGAGGCGGAGACUGCUCCAGUGCAGACUGCCGACGUGCCACCCACCAGUGCAGUUGCUGAAGCCAGCGAAGACCUGCCAGAGUCCGCCCUUCAGGAGGUGCCCGCCCCUGCUAGAGGCAGAAGAGGAAAGAAGCUGAUUGUUGAGUCCGAAAGCGUUUCUGUGGCAAGUCCAUCCAGGGCGACAAGAGGAAGAGUACCCAAACGGUUGCAAGAGGAGAGUGCCGAGGCCAAGCCAAGAAGAGGCCGUAAAGCCAAGCAGGACUCAACGGAGCAGGCUGAAGACCAGAUUGGUGAGGUUGAGGUUUCCGCGGUAUCGGAGCCUGUUGAGAUGCCAGCCACAACAACAGAAGACCUCUCUGAGCCCCCUGUGACUCAGGAAGAGUCUGCUGUUACAGCCGCCCCAAAGACCCCAAAAGGGAGACGUGGCAAAGCGGCAAAAGCUUCAGCGGUGGCAGAGACUGUUGCCGUGCCAACUGUCGAGCCUGAGGUGGAGAACAACGCACCAGUUCCAGAGACUGAAGAACUGUCGGAACCUGUAGCAGAGGCUACUCUGGAAAGCGAGCCUAGCACUGAGUCUUCCGAUCCUGCGGCUCCAGUUCCAGUUAUUGAAGAACCAGCAAAACCUGUGGCUGUCAAACCUGGACGUGGGCGCAAAGGCAAGCAGGUCUCUGCUAAAGUCCAAGAAGAUGAAGCCAAGGAAAGCGAGCCCAAAGAUGAAGACAAGCCUCAGGCCCCUGUUGCCAAGGUUGGGCGCGGGAGGAGGGCCAAGCAGGCUCCUGUUGAAGAGGUUGAGCCCGAAAGUGAUCAUCCUUCUGAGGAGCCCGAGGAGAAGCCCCAGGCUAAAGUCACCAAAGCAGGACGUGGCCGGAAGGCUAAGCAUGCUCCUGUUCAGGCUGAAGAAAUGCCAGAGGAGAGUGUGACUCAAACUGCUGUUCAGCCUGUUGAUGCUGCCCCUGCUGAAGUGGUAGUCGAGCCACCACAAGCAGUUGUCAAGUCAGGACGGGGCAGGAAGGCUGUACAGGUGCCAGUUCAGGUAGAGGAAGUUACUCAGGAAAGCGAGCCUGGAGCUGAGCCUGCUAUUAAGGCCGAGGACAGUGCUCCUGUUCCAGCCGUAGAAAAAACAGCAAAGCCUGUAGCUGUCAAAGGUGCACGUGGCCGGAGAGUUAAGCAGGCCUCUGCUAAGGUUCACAAGGAGGAAGCCGUAGAAAGCGAGCCAAAAACUGAGGUUGAAGACCAAAUCCCAGCCAACGCUGAAGAGAAGUCUCAGGCCCCUGUUGCCAAAUCAGGACGUGGCAAGCGGACCAAACAGGCCCCUGCUCAGGCCACAGAGGUGGAGAUAGAGGCUGAAGCUCAGCCUGACACCGACCAAACCUUGACCACUGAGGAACCUGAGGAAGAGCCUCCUACCAAAGUCGUCAGAUCAGGACGAGGGCGUAAGGCCAAGCAGGCACCAGUCCCAGAGAGUGAGGCAGAACCUGUCGCUGAACCCAUCCCUGCUGAGGUUACAGAAGAGCAGGCGCCGGCAGUGAAGUCAGGGCGCGGUAGAAAGACGAAGACCACACCUGCCCAGGUGCAGGUAGAGGCUUCAGAGCCCAUCGCCACCGCUGAGGCAGAACCUGUCGCUGAACCCAUCCCUGCUGAGGUUACAGAAGAGCAGGCGCCGGCAGUAAAGUCAGGGCGCGGUAGAAAGACGAAGACCACACCUGCCCAGGUGCAGGUAGAGGCUUCAGAGCCCGUUGCCACCGCUGAGGAAUCUGUCAAUGAGGCCCCUGUCAAGAGGGGCAGAGGAAAGGCUGUCAGAAAGGGGAAGGCUGUGGAGAAGGAACCAAUCGUCGAUCAGGCCGAAGGGUCUGAAACCACUGAGAGCAACGUCAGAGAAGACACUGGCAAGAUCUCAAAGAAAAAUGUUAACUGGAGUGAGGAUUUGGUCCUGACAAAGGAUAUUACACCUGCCGAACCCCAGAUUGAGGAGGAACCUCCGAAAAAGAAAUCAAAGCGUGGCUCGGCGCCAGCCGCCACAGAUGGCACUGAAGAAGCCUCCGCUGUAGAGGUCAAGCAGGCGCCCAAGGGCAGAGGUGCCCAGAGGGGACGAGGGGCAAAGAAAACCACUGAACCAGCACCAGCAGAAGAGGAGGAGGAAGCCAAACCAGAGGAUGCUGAGCCUGUUGCUAAGACAACAGGCAGGCGAGGCAGGGCAGCAGCCACAAAGGUCAAACCUCAACCAGACCAGGAAGUAGCUGCUCCUGCACCAAAACGAGCAGCUAAGAAGAAAGAAAUAGCCGAAGAGGCAGAGGAGCAAGCAGUCAACGCUGCAUCAAUACCUGCGAGAAGGCGAGGAAAGGCAGCUACACCCGCAGAACCUCAGACAACUGAUGCGCCCGCAACCCUCAAAGGGAAAAGAGGAGCAGCCAAGAAGGCUGAGGAGGUGCCUGAGGAGGUGACUGAAGCAGUCGCAGAGAAAAGCAAAGCCCCCUCAAAGGCAGCCCCCAAAACCAUCAGGGGGAAGAGGAAAGCCGCCCUGGAGGCAGAGGCCUCCCAAGAUGACGUGUCUGUCUCAGCAGAGGUUGCAACCAAGGCUGAGUCCAGCAGCUCCAGAGGCCGAGGCCGGACCCAGAAGAAGGCUGCGGAGACGGAGGAAGCGGCUGCUCCUGCAGAGGCUGCCCCAGCCAAGCGCACCAGGAAGAGAUGAAGCACUGACUCCCAUGGCCAGUUGUAAAUAAUCCACAGGUUUAAAACCGGGGACCUUUUUUUUUUUAUAUAGAUGUAUUUUUCUAACCGGUGAUUAUGUCGACUUUCAGGAUUUUUUGUUGUUGUUCUUUUUGUGCUGGUACUUAGACUAUAAUUAGAACUGUUAAGAUAAAUAUAUCUAUAUAUAAGGACUCAUUUGUACCUUUUUCACUGUAUUUUAUUGUGAGUGGUAGAUUUUAGUGUCAUGUAUUCAGGACGAGGAAAAAAGAACUCCGCUCUUCAGAUGGGCACAACAUGUUUUACUCUAGGGACCAAGAGCUGAUCUGUUUUAAAACUGUUCAGAAGUUCUGUUUUAAGUGGCAUUUCAAACGGAAAGAAUAAUUAAAAUUGAGGAAUGUAAAAAAACGAGUUAGCAUGUCAACCAUGUGAAACGGUUUGAUCCCAGCACAAUCCAUUUUCACAAAUAAAGUUAUUAUAAUUCCUCA